AUGCUGUUUCGGGUGACGCUUUUUGCCUCCAAGAGCCGUAUAAAAUAUAUAAAUGAAAAAGUUCCUUAUUGGGAUGAAAAGGCUUCUAACCAAUUUAUAUAUUUAUACAUUUUUUUUUUUACAGCUUUGAAGCUCCAAAAACAAAAACAACAACAAAAAAGGAUGUCAGGCUUGGCGGAGAAAAGAAUCGCUUGCAGAUUAACGUAUGUCUGGCUCUCUGGCAGGGAUUCUCACCAUGACAUUCGAAGUAAGGACCGAACAGCGUACUUGACGACCGAGGAGGUGGCAAAGCAUCCGAAGGAGCUUCUUGCUGACGGCAUUUUCCCCGUCUGGAAUUUUGAUGGCUCUUCCACGAAACAGGCUCUUGGCGCAGACACGGAGAUUCUUCUCAAUCCAGUUAACGCAUAUCACUGCUGUCUUCCCCGACUUUCGACAACGGUGCCGUGGAUUCUUGUUUUGGCCGAAUGCUAUUUGCCAAAUGGCGAGCCAACAAAUGACAACUCGCGUGCUGUGGCGCGUCGCAUAUUUGAGCGUGCGCCUGAGGAACAUCCUUGGUUUGGAAUGGAACAAGAGUUUUUCCUGAUUAAGGAUGGACAUCCAUAUGGUUGGCCGCCGAGAGGAUUUCCGGCUCCACAAGGACCAUAUUACUGCUCUACAGGCUGCCUGUGUGUUCAUGGGAGGCGCUAUGUUGACUUGCAUUAUGAAGUGUGUCUACAGAUGGGGAUAAAUAUCUCUGGCACAAAUGCGGAGGUCGCUCCAGGCCAGUGGGAGUUUCAAGUGGGUCCCUGCGAGGGCAUUGAAAUGGGGGAUCAGUUGACUGUGGCGCGGUGGGUAUUACUACGGAUUCUAGAAGAUGAUGGAUUGGAUGCUGACUAUCGUGCAAAACCCAUUCGGGGCGAAUGGAAUGGCAGCGGGCUUCAUACCAAUUUUUCUACGGCCUCGACCCGGAAUGAGAAUGGAUUGCGCGUGAUUUACGAAUACGUGGAGAGGUUAAAGAAAACAAUUUCAAAGGAUAUCGUUUUGUAUGGAGCUGAAAACAACGAACGGUUAACGGGGAAACACGAGACUUCAAAGCCAAACGAGGUCACCGCUGGAGUUGGUACGAGGGGUACGUCGAUUCGCAUCCCCAACGCUGUUGCGGCGGAGCGAAAGGGAUAUAUGGAGGAUCGGAGACCUGCUGGCGAUGCUGAUCCUUAUCUAGUUUCGGCAAGGCUGUUUGCUUCUUGUGUUUGCAUUGAGUCCCCGGAGUUGGAUUUGAUAUCGUCCUUUCAUGAGAGAAACUGGAUGAAAUUUGGCGAUUUGUCAUAG